UCACAUCAGUCUUGGUAUUUCAAAUAUAUGUGUUUGGAUGCUUAUAACCAUGUUCUCUUUUUUAAACUCCUUUAUCUAGUAUCAUAAUUAUUGUAUAAAACACCCAAAGUAUUAUUUGCAAGUUUGGCAUUCAUGUGAGUAGUUGUUUGAUCUAGGACGACAUCAUGGCGGAUGGUCCGAAUUCGAAUCUCAGGUUGGACGUCAGCGUUGAUGAUUUUGAAGAGGCUUCUAAUGUAUCAGUCCAAGGGGAUGAUAAUGAAACAAUACCUAACGAUACCCCAUCUGAGGGAAAACAGGAAAACAACAAAAUGGACAAAGGUGACGAACGUAGCUCCGAACCACAGGGACACAGCUUAAGAGUGAUCAUCGCUCGAUUCAGGGCUCAGCCCGGAUUCAGAAUGCGAGUCUUGCAUACCAUUUGUUGUGUGUGGAUGUUCAUCACUCUGGGUUGGUUGGUAGGCAUUGUAGGAGCAACCUUUCCGGACCUACGCCUCAUAAUGGACAAGAACAUAGAGACUGCGUCAUGGAUAUUUACUGUUGGAUCAUUGGGCUAUCUCCUCGGAUCUUUUGCCUUUGGUCUACUAUUUGAUAGGUUCAACCGACUGUUAAUGUUAUCCACGGUCACUUCGCUCUCAGCCGUUGCAAUAGCAGUAAUGCCAUGGUGCAGCCAGUUUUCACUCAUGCUUGCUAUCAAUUUUGUCAGUGGUUUCUUCACUGGCGGUAUUGACGUCAGCGGGAAUUCCCACAUAGCUUCGAUAUGGGGUAGAGACGCCGCACCCUUCAUGCAGACACUUCAUUUCGGGUUUAGCGCAGGGGGUAUGAUUGGUCCACAAACGGCCAAGCCAUUUUCCGCGCAGAAGUCCUGUUCACAACUGAAUACUACGGGCACAACUUCGACUAUACUGCCCUUCACUAAUUCGACUACUUCUUGCGAUGAACAAUACGGCGAAACGCAUAUCCAUUACGCGUAUUUAAUUACUGGUAUUGGAUCUAUUUCUGCAACAAUCCCUUUCCUUGUAUUAUAUUGCUUGUCGAAAAGGUACAAUACAUAUGUAAAUACACCCUUACUGACUACAGAAAAACAGGAACAGCAAAACACGUUGCCUGUACUCGACAUGCGUAAACAAAUAGUAUUCGUCGGGCUGUUAAUGACGUUCAUCAGUAUGUACGCAUGCGUGGAGAAUAGGUUCUCGAGUCUCAUCACCACGUUUACCGAUGAAUACCUACAUUGGAACAAAUAUGAAGGUCUUGAUUUGGCCACGGUUUUUUGGGCAGCCUUUGCAGCCGGCAGAUUUUGCAGCAUUCCAGUGACUUUCUUCCUGAAAACCAGCAAUAUGAUUUUGAUCUACUUGCUGUUUUUAACAGCGGUUGUGAUCGCCCUUCUUAUCGCGUCAGUAUACGAUAUACGCCAGCUGAUAUGGGCAUGUACCGCAUGCGCGGGUCUUAGCAUGUCAGCCAUUUUCCCGGCAACAUUCACGUGGACGGCUGAAAGCAUUCUGACUGUCACCGGGAAGAUAUCGGCGACAUAUAUUGUUGGUGUGUCCGUUUUCAACAUGAUCUUUCCGCUACUCUAUGGAUUUGUAAUGGAUAACUAUUCGCAGAUGUACUUUGUGUAUUUGCUUCUGGGACAGUUAGUGCUGUCUUUGCUUCUCUAUGUAGCAAUAAGAAUGCUGAUACGAAUUUAUAUCAAGCCCUUCACACCACGGAAAGUAUCUGCAUAACGUGAGCUUUUUAAGAAGCUAAAAUAUCGUGCAAAAACGUUAAACAAAAUUGGAUACAUUUACUAUGUAAAAUAAGUAAUAUUUCACUAAAUUGGUCAUACAAUAUGCGAUUACUUUGACUAUGUUACUGUAUUAUCGGUUUGGAAAAUUAGAUAUAUGUAUUCACAUCCAUGGCGCGACUUAAUUGUUUUCGUUGUACUUAAUCCACAAACAGUCGAACAUUAAAUCAGAGUUAUACCUAAAGAAAGAAGGAUUGACUUAAUUUACCGACAUUAUAACAAAAUGAUCAAAUAUCAAAUUGAAGAAACAACAACAUUGAUUUUCAAUUGAGAGCAUUUUCUAUACUGGAUAAUAAUAUAUCAUAUUAUGACAAUAUAUUACAUAAUAUAAAACACAAUAUACACAUGUGCAUACGUGUACAUUGUUAAAUAUAUGGUGUAUAGAAAAAAAAAAUUAUUUAAAUUUGUAUAUGACGUGACGAUAUGUAAUAUUACGGAAUAUCAUUGAAAAGAAUCAAUCAUUUAUAAAUAAAACAAGUAUAAUGUGUGA